CCUCUCUUUGUCCUCUAGGCAGAUAAAGAGAGAUUUAAAAUUAUUGCUGAGGGUAGAGAUUGCGGGCUUGAAGCAGCUGCUGAUGCUUUUGUAGUUAAAAAUGUUAAAGAUAAAGGUACAUAUUGUUGUCCUAUUUUUAUUUUUUUUGUUUAGGGACGGUCUCAAAGUGUUAGAUUUCUUUAUGAAAAAGAAAACUGAUCAAAUCAAUAAUAAAGUUAACGUUGCUUGUAUUCCUGUUGGUUUACAUAAACCAUUUCCCAGUAAUUCUCUACAGCUAAUGGUACAAGCUGGAGCUAAAGGCUCUACUGUCAACUGCAUGCAGAUAUCAUGUCUUUUGGGUCAGAUAGAGUUAGAAGGUCGACGCCCACCAAUAAUGCUAUCAGGACGGUCCCUACCUACAUUCCUUCCUUACGAUACCACUCCUAGAUCAGAUCAGUGUAGUGGUUUUGUUGAUGGUCGGUUUCUAACUGGCGUAAGACCCCCAGAGUUCUUCCUUCAUGCUAUGGCUGGACGAGAGGGUCUAGUUGAUACUGCUGUGAAGACAAGCCGCAGUGGGUAUUUGCAGAGGUGUCUCGUAAAACAUUUAGAAGGAAUUACUGUCAAUUAUGAUCUAACAGUAAGAGAUAGUGAUACCUCUGUUCUUCAGUUCCUUCAUGGUGAGGAUAGACUGGAUCCAAUCCCUUUUAUGUAGUAUAAUAUCUAUGUCUACCAGGAGACUAUUAGACCACACCCAGGAGGUCUGUGGGAUUCACUGGCCACCAAAUCAUCAGCAACUGGUGUCAGGAGGAAAUGAUAAUAUAGUUAUGGUAUACUGUUACUGUUCUUAUGGGGUACCCAAUGUAUGCUCCUUGUCAUCAAAGAGGAAGAAUUACUCUAACAACUAGAUCAGUAGCCUUGCUGAGGAAAAUGAUUGUUGCUAUGACAGCUGUACAUGUAGAAAUACUUGAGAAUAUUUUACAGUUUUCUUUAUUUUAUUUUCUAAUUUUUUAAAAGCAAUUGCUUUGAUAAAAUCAG